CCUGAAAGUCAGAUAAAGAGAGUUAUUUAGAGAUCCUGGUUCCACGCUUGGGGUGAUGGUGAUCUCUUACUUAGAACUCCAGAAGCAGACGUGAGAGAAGAGCCUUUGAAGCGUCCGAGUGCAGGGCGGAUGGCGUCAGGAAUGAUGGAAGAUUCCUCCACUGCUGCGGUGUACAGGAGGAGAAUCCACCGGAGGGUGAAGACCAGUGUUGGGGCAGCUUUACUCCGUGUUGAGAUGAGGGAACUGGAAACGUCACGCCUCUUCAGGAUGGAAACGGAGGAGGAAAAACCAGGGCAGAAAAACUCCAGACAGGGGACAGGCUUAAACUCGUUACCAGGCCAGAAAAGGGUCAAAAACAUGAAAAGACUAGAAGUGCAAGGAUUGUUACUAGCUGGAACGUGACUGAUUCAACGAACUGGCAGGGUGGAUGUGAAACUGAGGACCUUAAAUAGUGUGAACACCAGCUGGAGCACAAUGGGAGCUUAAUCAGCACAGAAUUCAUCACCCCUGCUUUAGGGAUUCCGUAGCAGUAAAGACCUAUACUCCUCCACACCAGCGAGUGGCGGUAAAGAGCCAGUAGAUGUUUGCCAGUCACCAAUAAACCACCGAAGAAGAAAGCGGCAACGUCAUAAGCGGAAGCAAGAUGGAGGACGGGAGAGGAGUUUGGACCAAUUCUGUCCUGAAAGAUGACUGUUACGCUGAGUUCGUGGUGGACGACUUUGACGUGAAGACGUACGCCGCGCAGGUCAUCCAGCACGCCGUGAUCGCGGAGCAGCUGGGCGGGCUCGCACAGGGCAUCAGCCGGCUGGACAAGGAGCUGCACGGACAGGUGGUUGCAAGACAUGAGGACUUGCUGGCUCAGGCCACUGGGAUCGAGUCUCUUGAAGGAGUUCUUCAGAUGAUGCAGACCAGGAUCGGGGCUCUGCAGGCGGCUGUAGACAGGAUGAGGACCAAGAUCGUGGACCCUUACAACAAGAUUGUGGCCAGGAUCACACAGUUAGCCAGACUGCAGGUGGCCUGCGACCUGCUGAGGAGGAUCAUUCGGAUCUUGUACCUCAGCAAGAGGCUCCAGGGGCAGCUGCAGGGCGGCAGCAGGGAGAUCACCAAGGCGGCUCAGAGCCUCCAUGAGCUGGACUACCUGUCUCAGGGCGUGGAUCUGAGCGGCAUCGAGGUGAUCGAGAACGACCUGCUGCUGAUCAGCAGAGCCAGGCUGGAAGUGGAGAACCAGGCCAAGAGGCUGCUGGAGCAGGGCAUGGAGAUCCAGAACCCGAGCCAGGUCGGCACAGCCCUGCAGGUCUUCUACAACCUGGGCAGUCUUGGAGAGACCAUUAGCUCUGUAGUGGGGGGCUACCAAACUGCCAUAAAGGAUCACAUCUGCAGCGCACUUGACAUCAAGGGUCUGACUGUCCCAGCAAACCCCAGAGGUGCUCCUGGUAGAGCAGUCCUGCCCGCUCCGGGGAACACCGCCGCCUGCCGUGCAGCUCUGUGGACCAACCUGGAGAAACUGAUGGACCACAUCUGUGCUGCAUGGACACAGGUGCAGCACCUGCAGAAGGUCCUGAUGAAGAAGAGGGACCCAGUCAGUCACGUGUGCUUCAUCGAUGAGAUUGUCAAGGACGGUCGGCCGGACAUUCUCUACACCUUCUGGACGGACGUCACCAGCACCCUGAAUGAGGAGUUUCACCGAGCGGCUGAAGCUUCCUCCUUCCUGAAACAAGCUCUUGAGGGGGAGUAUCCCAAACUGCUGCGACUCUACAAUGAGCUGUGGCGCCGCCUGCAGCAGAACAGCGUCGGCCUGCAGGGGGCAGCGACGAGUGCAGGGAUGGACGCGUCUCUGGACAUCGGCACUACAGAAACGGACACGUCAGAGCUUUUCAUGAAUAUCAAACAGGACUACAACCCGGAGAAAGCUCUGAAAGAUUCCCUGCAGGAUUAUGAGGCUGCUUACCUCUCCAAGUCCCUGUCUCGCCUGUUCGACCCCAUCAACCUCGUGUUUCCUAUGGGGGAGCGCAGCCCCCCCUCCAACGACGAGCUGGACGGCAUCAUCAAGACCAUCAGCAGCGAGCUGAAUGUAGCUGCAGUGGAUCCACUUCUGUCCAUCUCUGUGGCCAAGAACGCCGCCAAGACUGUGCAGCUCUUCUGCGUGAAGUCUGAGCAGCUGCUGUGCACUCAGGGCGAUGCCAGUCAGGUGAUCGGUCCGUUAACAGAGGUUCAGAGGAGGAACGUUGCCAUGGUGAACUCCUUGUACCGCCUGCAACAGGGCGUCCUGAAGAUCAUCUCCGGUUUGGUCUCAUGUCCGCCGGCUGCAGUGGAGGCCCUCUCUUCCUCUCUGCAGGCCGUGCACUCCCUGAUGGGCAGUGCGCUGGGACCUCUGCUGCAGUCUGUGAGCGACUCCAUUGAAGCCAUCAUCUUUACCCUUCACCAGGAAGACUUCUCAGGGCCCGUGUCCAGCCCGGAUAAGCCGGAUGUCCCAUGUUCCCUCUACAUGAAGGAGCUGCAGGGCUUCAUCAGCAGGGUGAUGGCCGACUACUUCAGACACUUCCAGUGUGCAGACUUCAUCUAUGAGAAGACCGAGGCCAUCGCCCAGAGAGCCAUCCAACUGUUUGUCCGCCACGCCAGCCUGCUGCGCCCGCUAGGGGAGGGCGGCAAAAUGAGGCUGGCUGCUGAUUUUGCACAGAUGGAGAUGGCCGUGGCUCCGCUGUGCAGGAGGGUGUCUGAUCUGGGGAAGUCCUACAGGAUGCUCCGCUCCUUCAGGCCUUUCCUGUUUCAGACCAGCGAGCUGAUUGCCAGCAGUCCAGCUGUGGGAGACCUGAUCCCCUUCAGCACCCUGCUCCACUUCUUGUUCUCCAGAGCCCCCCCUGAGCUCAAGUCACCCCACCAGAGAGCAGAGUGGUCCGUCGCUCGUUACUCCCAGUGGCUGGACGACCACCCCUCUGAGAGAGACCGUCUCAGCCUCAUCAGGGGCUCCCUGGAGGCCUACGUGCAGUCAGUCAGAGCCCGGCAGGGGAAGGAGUUUGCCCCCGUUUAUCCCAUCAUGCUCCAGGUUCUGCAAAGAGCCACCAGCGGACCAGAGGCCUGAUGUUGGGAAGCAGCUUCAGUUUGGGGCGUGGAGGCAUGGCGCUGCAGGAAUGCUGACACGGAUCACUGCUGACUUGUUUGAAGGACAGCUCUUUAUUUCUGACAUGGUUACAGAGGUCACGCUGGGUUUCUUCCACUGGUUUCCACUCAGACGUUUUCCUGGACAGAGCCAGCUCACACUCGGCCUGCAGACAGGACACGGAUCGGGGGUCAGGGGUCGGGUUGACAAUGAAGGACAAUAAAUCCAAACUGUAUAAACAAACAGAAUAAAGUUAUGACUUUGGGGA